AUGGCAGAUCCAACAACCCCCGAACCCACGGCCCCGGACACGGCACCCCCCUCAUGGCGCUCCGAAGACAACAGAUCUCCCGUGCUCGCACCACACCCCGUCACAGUCCCGGGUCCGGGUACCUCAACCUCUAAGUCUAACCCCCACAACAACACAACAGUAAUACCAGACGCCAACACUGAAAUCACCCACCUCUACCUAACCUUCUCCAUCCUCCCACCCUCCGCCAACACCACCCUCCAGUCCUCCGGCUCAUCCAAAAAUGACCCUCCCCCGCCCCCCAACCUCAAACCCUUUACGAACCCCCUCCUCUGGCCCUCCUCCACCAAACUAACCAUGCUCACGCUCUCCUGCAUCGCCACCUUCCUAACCGCCUACACCGCCGGCGCCUACUCCCCGCCUCAACUCCUCCUCCUCCAAACCCUUGCGCACGCGCACAGCACCACCGCCAUCCUCGGCGGCAUCUCCACCUUCUGCCUCGGCUUCGCCUUGGCGCCCAUGGUCCUGGCGCCCUUCUCCGAGAUGAACGGCCGCCAACCCGUCUUUGUCGUGGCCGGCGUGGUGUUUGUCAUCUUCCAGGCUGUGUGCGGUGUCGUCCAGACUUUGGAGGGGAUGUUAGUCGCGAGGUUCUUCCUGGGCGUGGGAGCGUCGGUUUUUAGCACCAUGGUCGGCGGGGUGAUUGCGGAUAUUUGGAUUACCGAAGAGAGGAAUACGCCCAUGGCUAUGUUUAGCGGGGCGGUGAUGUGCGGGACGGGGCUCGGGCCGUUGGUGAGCGCGUAUAUGACGCAGCGGUGGGGGACGGAUGAGAAUGGGGAGGUGCUGAGGGGGAAUGGGGCGCGGUGGAAGUGGAUCUUUUGGCAUCAGGUUAUACUGGGCGGGGCGCUGAUGGCGGCGUUGGUGGUGCUGUUUAGGGAGAGUAGAGGGUCAGUGUUGUUGAGUAGGAAGGCGAGGGCGUUGAAUCGGUGGUAUGAGGAGUUGGAGGCGGAGGGGUUUUUUGGGGUUUGGGUUGAUGAGAUGAAUGAGGGAGAAGGAGGGAAUGGGGAUGGGGUGGACGACGAGGAAAAGGGAGCGUCCCCUGGUUCGACAACAAAGACACUCAAGCGUAUCCGGUGGAAAACCAAAGAUGACGAAGAACGCGGUUCUCUCACUCACAUGAUCAGUACCUCCGUCUUUCGACCUUUCCAUCUUCUGUUCACCGAGCCCGUCGUCUUCUUCUUCUCCCUCUGGGCCGCCUUCGCCUGGGGGGUGCUCUACCUCACCUUCGGCUCCAUCCCGCUCGUCUUUCGCCGACAAUACGGUUGGAACAUCGAGCAAGCAGGCCGUAUCUUUGUCGCCAUGAUCGUCGGCGCCAUCCUCGCCACUGCCAUCGGAAUCUGGCAAGAAAAGAUGUUGCAUCAUCCCAACUGGAGGAGGGCUGCUCCCUCUUCCUCUCCCGAGACCACCUCCUCAUCCUCAUCCCCCUCCGCCUCCGACACCGAAGGCCCGAACGCCCUUCCCUCCUCCGAGCCGAAAUCCCUCUGCUCCCGGGCCCAAUCCGAAAAUCCCAUCUGGCCCUUCCUCCGCACCCACUUCCCCACCUCCUCCCCCGAAUCCCGCCUCUACUUCACCUGUCUCACCGCCACCUUCCUCCCCAUCGGCCUCUUCAUCUUCGGCUUCACCGCCCGCCCAGACUACCACUGGAUCGGCCCCGCCAUCGGCAUCGGUAUCGCCACCAUGGGCAUUCUGUCUGUGUAUCUGGCCGUGUUCAAUUACCUGGCCGAUACGUACCAUCGGUAUGCGAGCUCGGCGCUGGCGGCGCAGAGUUUUUGUCGGAAUAUUUUGGGAGGCGUUUUUCCGUUGGUGACGGCGCCGUUGUUUACGAAUUUGGGGGAUGGGAGGGCGGGCGCGAUAUUGGGCGGUGUGGCGGUGGGGUUGACGGCUGUGCCGUGGGUGUUGGUUUGGUGUGGGAGUUGGGUUAGGGGGAGGAGCCGGUUUGCUUUGCAAUUGGAAAAAUCAUGAAGGCCUCAACUGGACGGCAUGAGAUAUGAAGGAAUGAGAAAGAUGGCCUGGGAUGUGUUAAUCCAGUAUGGCGGCGAGAGGAGGAGGGACUGGAGUGUUGAGUGUUGGAUAUACCCAGCUUUUUACGCGAUGCAGGUAAUGAAAGAUGGAAAUGGAAUGGGCUGUGGGGGAUGGCAUAUGAUAUUGGUUCCUGGAUAAACCAGUAGUCGGGGAAGGGAUAUGGGACGGGUCCUGGACACUGGCAGCCAGCCAGCUUCCCUCAAGGCCAAGUUGUCUCAGUAGUGGUAUAUAGACCUUUCUCAUGGGCGUUAGAGAUUGUAAUCAUAAUAUAAAUACGCAGAAGCAUAAUAAUGG